UGACCUGCCGUUAAUCCGUAAGGGAUCGAAGUCAGUGGAGAAAGAGCAACGGAGAGGAAUGAAACAAAUCACCGAUUUAACUCUAAAACACGGAUUUUAAGACGUUGUUGAUUCACAGAAAGGAUUAUUCAAACAAGAACACAAAAGUGGUGUAACACGGGAGAGUUUAGUCAACUUUUUGGGGGGGUUUUAUGGUUGUCGGGGCUCAACAUGGAUGUCCGGGGAGCAACGGUGGAUUUCUGAGGAGGAAUUAAGGCCGUUAUUUCGGGUCGUAAAUUGGAGCUGAGGAGGAUUUUAAAGCGGCUUCCUUUCUACCAGGUUAAGAACUCCAGUUGGUGAAGUUGUCGCGGCUGCAAGCUAAAAGAUGUUGAACCUGUGGAGGCGGGACGUGCCCCUCUCAGAGCGUUUGGGGGAGGACUCUCCUCUGGCCGCAGCCCCCCCCCUCCUCCCCCCAACAGCAUCCCCCACGGGCCCCAACAUCUCAUGGCUGCCCGAGGCCCCGCUGCUGACCCUGGAUCAGCCCACCUUCCUCAUGACGCCCGCUGCUCAGGCGGUGUCCGGCUUCUUUGUCUGGACCGCGCUCAUCCUCACCUGUCACCAGAUCUACAUGCAUCUACGUUUCUACAGCUCUCCGAGGGAGCAGCGCCACAUCGUGCGGAUCCUCUUCAUCGUUCCCAUCUACGCCUUCGACUCCUGGCUCAGCCUCCUCUUCUUCACCAACGAUCAGUACUACGUGUACUUCGACACCGUCAGGGACUGCUAUGAAGCGUUUGUGAUUUAUAACUUCCUGAGUCUGUGCUACGAGUACCUGGGAGGAGAGAGCGCCAUCAUGGCCGAGAUCAGAGGGAAGCCCAUCGAGUCCAGCUGUGUGUACGGGACCUGCUGUCUGCGGGGGAAGGCGUACUCCAUCGGCUUCCUGCGGUUCUGUAAGCAGGCCACGCUGCAGUUCUGCGUGGUCAAACCCAUCAUGGCCGCCGUCACCGUGGUGCUGCAGGCCUACGGGAAGUACAAGGACGGGGACUUCAAUGUCUCCGGGGGUUACCUGUACGUCACCAUCGUGUACAACAUCUCCGUCAGCCUGUCUCUGUACGCCCUCUUCCUCUUCUACUUCUCCACCCGCCAGCUGCUCAGCCCCUUCAGCCCCAUGCUCAAGUUCCUCAUGGUGAAGUCCGUCAUCUUCCUCUCCUUCUGGCAGGGCAUGCUGCUGGCCAUCCUGGAGAAGUGCGGCGCCAUCCCUCAGAUAAACUCAUUGGAGGUUUCUGUCGGCGAGGGCACGGUCGCCGCCGGAUACCAGAACUUUAUCAUUUGCGUGGAGAUGUUUUUCGCCGCUCUGGCUCUGCGCCACGCUUUCACUUACAAGGUCUACAUGGAGAAGAGCCUGGAUUCACAAGGCCGCCGCGCCCCCAUGAAGAGCAUCUCCAGCAGCCUGAAGGAGACCAUGAGCCCCGGGGACAUGGUCCAGGACGCCAUCCACAACUUCUCCCCCGCCUACCAGCAGUACACCCAGCAGGCCACGCUGGAGCAGGGCGUCCCCCCUCCCCUCCCCCGAAACAUCAGCUCCAUUAGUGGGCAAGGGGGAGACACGGAGAAGACCCUGCUGCUCAGCUCCGACGACGAGUUUUAGAGCAGAGAAACCCCCUCAGACUGUUUUAACAGCGGGUCAUCCUCCUGUGUGAAUGAUUAGAGAGGUGCGUUUGAUUUCCUCACCAUGGAUGUGACGUGUGCACACACAUCUCCCCAGCCAGUCUUAGUUAGUGGGAAGCUGAUUUGGCGCUAAAAAAGUUCCAGAGAAACUGAAAAAGGGUUGUGUUUGGUUGUGAGUCCAAACUCGUACAAACGUGGCUUUUUAAAUGCACGAUCUCUGGCUCCGAUAGAAGCUUAGUUUCACAUUUCAGCGCGGCCAUGUGGAAUUUCAAUCGUCCUAAUGGAUGUUUUCCUUUUGUAAAGUUUGUUUGGAGAUCGUCAUGGGCUGUUGUUAUCAAGCUCCUUUGGCUGGAAAUAGAGAAUAUAUUAAAGUUUUUAUAAGAGUUUGAAGCUUUAAUCGUGUAAAACUAAUAUUUAGGCACUCAUUUGCAACAUGUUGGUGAAACAGAAGCUAGCAGUGUUGUGGUACACUCAUAAUAAAGCGGUACGCAGUUAUGAAGAACAUGUGUAGAUACAUUAUCAUCUAACUGAGGAGACCCUGGUGCAUUGUGGGAUUUAAAGGGCUGUAUGUACUGCAGUGUGAGUGGAUUUAAAGGGAAACCAAUUUCAAUUUGAGUCGUGAGUUACUGUCGGCUGUAUGAAACGUUGUUUUUGUUAUAAAUGGAGCAGAUCAGGAUUACUCUGAUGAUGUUUUUCAGGCGUGUUUUAAAUUGAGGUUUAAAAGCCUCUGCAGGACACAGUAGGUUAACAGGCAUGGAGGUUACUGCUCUAACAUAGAAACCAUAAACAAACGUAUUCAAAUGUUUAAGGCAGACGUAUGAAGUCAAACUGGAAUUUUAGCAUUCCCCAUUUUACCACCAAGGUAAUUAAAAGAAACACAUUUAUCUAACAUACCUACUGUAGUCACGUCUUUUUCAGCCUGUCAGGUUUUUAAUUACCUUAAGUCUUUUGCUUAAUUACUUUUGACUGUUUAAUCCUGAGCUGUGGUACAUUGUAACGCUAAAACCCCUGUAUAUUAGCUCAGUAACAAGGGAACACAUAUUAUAAACGCAUUAUCAAUAUGUUCAGUCGAUCUCCUCUCAGUUAAAAAUAACUUUAAUUACUCUUGGAUGCUGUUCAUUCCUUCCAGGCACUUGUUUUGUUUGAUUCAACCGCUGCCGAUUGCACAUAAUUCAAGUUCUUGAGUCAUCUGAAUGAGUCACAUCGAAUUCUGCUGACGUGUUUACUGUAACUGCUGCUGUAGCACUGUGUGAACACCAGGGGGCCGUGUAGACAACACACACACACACACACACACACACACACACACUGUUAUCUAGCAGCAGACAGGCAGUUAUCACACACUUUAAGCUGGUACACAUGUAACUGCUUUGUCUGCCACUUUUGUUAUCUUUAUCAACAAAGCACCCUCACACACACACGGCUGUUUUUUUGUUUUUGUUCUGCUCCCGUCUGACCUGAUAAUUUGCUUUUAAACGGCACAUCAGCUUAGUGUGUUAUUUUUAGACAUUGCUGAGUGUUGUCUGGUUAAUUGGGCCGCUGCGUUUUGACGUGAAUACAAAGUGGAUUAUUAUUUUUGCCUGCAGACACACAUGACAAUACACUGUCCUUUUUUGGUCCCUAUAAAUGCAUUUAAAUUCUGAACCACUGAAUGUUUUUCGUGCAUCGAUUGGUUAUAUUUGGACAUUUUGACCCUACAAUAGGCUUGUCAUAAUUUCCGAUUUGAACUACACGAUUAUUACAGCUGACAGAAUUCACAGUAACAAUAUUAGAGCGAUAUCUAUUUAACAUUGCAAGUCAAAUAAUGCUAUCGGUCAAAGUCCUCUUACAUUUUUACUUUUAAUUGUGUGUUUUUUGUCUUUUGAUGUGUUAAGUGAGAACAAAGCAAGUUAUUGAAGAAACUGAAAUUAUUUUAGAGGAGUUAUAUUAUUUUAUUGUGCAUUAUUUUAGGUAUAAUGUACGGAAAGCCGGUCUUAAAUCACACUAAAGGGGUUUAUUUUGCAAUAAUGACCCACUCGCUGUACUUCACUAUGCUAAUUACACGCCUACUGACUAAAGAGAUUAUUAAUUUAACACACAAUAUUGAUUUUUAAAAAGUUUUUAUUGAUUUAAAAUUGAUUUGUUUGUUUUUGCUCCACUGAUUGUUUUCCCAGAUCGAACUGCGUCCAUAGCAACAGCAGAAUGCCGUUAUCGACCAAUCAGAAUCAAGUAUUCAACAAAGCGACAUAAUAUCUAGAUUUCAUUUUUUGAACGUUACGUUAUUAUUAAUAUUGGUUUAUCGCAUUAAACUAAUUCAAACUGAGUAAGAUAUCGUAUCCGGGAGGAACUAAAGCUACUAAAGACGGGUUUUCACAAUUUAAAAUCGACGUAUGUUAGUCGUACCACACUUUUAAAUGCCAUGUUUGUCUACAGGAGGAGGGAUGUGUGUUUAGUCAUAUAUGCUGUAUAGGUUAUGCACAGGAGACAUUUUUAUUAUUUCAACUACUGUUUUUGGUUCCUAGUUCUUUGUAUAUGAUAAAGCAGCUCAUGAUGCUAUUAUGUCCUUUCAAAUGGAGAAAUAUCUGAAGAUAUAAUAAAGAAUAUUUAGUCUA